CACAAGUUGAUGAUUAUAUGAUUACAAAUGCGAGCAAGGGAAAAAUCGUUGCGCAACGGGGGCCAGAAUAACCCCGACUUAUAAUUGAUAUCGACCGUGGCGGGAAUUUGGAAGCCACUGCGGCCGCCCGGGGGAAGCAGCAUCAUCAAUCGACAACGAUCGAGGAAGUAAUGGCCGACGAGCACGAGAAGGGGCGCCCCACGGCGUCCACAAGAACCGGCGCCGCCGAGCAGGGGGCGGACGGCCACACCGCGUCGUCGUCACCAUGGCCAUCUCCGACACCGGGCGGCGAGCCCAGCAGCAGCAGCAGCGGCGGCGGCAACAGCCGGCUCGGCCCGCGGCCGGCCGUGUUCCGCAGCACGCUGCACGAGGUGGUCUUCGUGUUCCAGGCGACGCUGGCGACCAUGUCGUCAUCGUUCCUGGUCGGGGCCAGCUCGACGGUGCUGGCGCCCAUCGCGCGCGACCUGGGCAUGACGCAGGGCGAGGUGUCGUGGAUCUCGGCGUCGACGUCCCUCACGGCGGGCGCGUCGCAGCUGGCGCUGGGCCAGCUGGCCGACCUGCUGGGCCGCCGGCCCAUGUUCAUCGCCGGCAUGGGCUCCUUCGCCGCCUUCGCCGCCGUCACGGGCUUGGCCCGCUCGCCGCUCUGGAUGGACGCCCUCUGCGGCCUGCUCGGCGUCAGCAGCGCCAUGAUGGUGCCGCCCGCCAUCGGCAUCCUGGGCGCCGCCUACGCGAGCCCGUCCAAGCGCAAGAACCUCGCCUUCUCCGCCUUUAGCAGCGGCAACCCCGUCGGCUUCGCCAUCGGCAGCGUGCUCGGCGGCGUCGCCGCCCAGGUCCUCAACUGGCGCGCCACCUUCUACCUCAUCGCCAUCCUGUGGGGCAUCUUCACCGUCGUCGCCUUUUGGGCCGUCCCCAGCGUCGAGGCGGAGCAGCCGCCGGUCGACGGUGGCGAUAGCAGCGCCGGCGAGAUGGAGGAAUCUCCCUCGCGUCCGCCGCCGCCGCCGCCGCCGCCUCGCCCCUCCCCAUCGGCGCCGCUCCGGGAGAAGCUUGGCGACUUCUUUCGGCGGUUCGACUCGGUCGGCGCUUUUCUCACCCUUUUCGGCACCGGCAUGUUUACCGCCGCCAUAACGCUGGGGCCGGAAGACGGCUGGGGAGCACCGCAGGUCAUUGCCCUACUCGUCGUCGGUCUGGUCCUGAUUGCCGUCUUUCUAUACUGGGAGACCAUCUGGCCUCACCCCCUGAUGCCGCCCAAGAUCUGGAAGGACAGGAACUUCACUCUGUUGAUUGUCACGCUAGUCUUCGGCUUCAUGUCCUUCCAGUCAGCCUCCUUCUGGCUCGCCCUCUUCCUGCAACAGAUCCAGCGCCGCGAUCCGCUCGACGUAGCGCUCCAUCUGCUGCCUCAAACGGUCGCGGGCCUUACCUGGAACAUCGUUGCGGGCUCGAUUCUUCACAAGGUGAACAACACGCUUUUGCACGGCAUCGGCGCCGUCUCGUACUUGGUCGCAAACCUGCUCCUCUCAUUGAUGGGGCCCGACUCGAGUUAUUGGGCAUACAUCUUUCCUGCCUUGAUCAUCAACGUGAUCGGAGCUGACUUUCAGUUCAACGUGGCGAAUAUGUAUGUGAUGCAAUCGCUCCCAUCGCACCAGCAAGGUCUUGCUGGCGGUAUCUUGAACACCAUGAUCCGUCUCUGCUCCACCGUGGCUCUGGGAAUAUCCACGGCCGUGUUCGGGUCCGUCGGUCGGAGCCCGGAAGGCGUUGCGAACCCCAUGCUGCAGUACACGCGAGCUUUCCAAGUCUCGGUCGCCUUGGCGGCAUUCGGCCUUCUGUUUGUUCCCUUCAUCAAAGUGGGCACCCAGGGCAACCACAAGCACGUAAGCGAUGAGAUAUCAGAGGUGUCUUUGAGCGGCACCGGCGAUGCUCCUAUUGUCGGUGCCGGUGCCGGGACUGCUGCUGGAGCAGCAGGUCAGCCGGCCCCAACGACAAAGGGCCAAUAAUUGCGAAUCUCCCACACAUCUCCUUUGAUAUCAGAAGGGCGCUACGCACCCUGCCCUGUCGCUAUGAUCUAGAAAGCAACAUGUAAUCGCACCUUGGAAUAUCUAGGCGGCACUCACCUAAGAGGUACUUGAGUACCCGAGCAUAGACACUAGACUAGAAUACUAGAAUCCAGCGCAAAUUGAUGUUUUGACCA